GCUUUCACUUUUUUCACUGUUUGAUGCAUCAGAAUAUGCAGGAAAAAGUGACAUAUUGUAACUUUAAUGCAUAAGAGGUCCAAAAUUAUAUUCUCAUUAUUAGGAUUUUCAGUACCUGUAUCAAAAUCCAAAUUGGAAGUGUCACAAGGAAAAGGCAAAAACAAAACUACACGGCACGCGAUUCGGCGGGUGUUUACAUCACGUAGUAUAUAUAGCAUAUGCUGGUAUACAGUAUAGUCAUCUGCCAAGGGAAAUUUUAUGUGAAUCAGGAGAAUUAGAAGACAUCAUGUUCUGUUUUUAGCAAAUUGUUAAAAAUUAAGCAACACCAUUCUAAUGGUUAGCAAUUAUCUACAAAAAAAAAAACGAAAAAAUUUAUAAAUCUUCCUAAAUAGACAAAACUUUAUCCUAAAAUUCGAAUAUUUACCUGUACGUUUAUAAACUAAAUCGUCAAACUCAACUUUCAAGAGGAAGACGCAUAAAGCGAGGGAGAACCAAACAAAACGUGAUGAGAGAACACUGCCAUAGAACAGCUGGUAAUGUAGACGCCAAACCAAUAAUCGUGUACUGCACAAAUCAGCUGAUGCUUUUUACAUAACAGUGCAGCGGCGCAUGCGCAUGGCCGUCCAUCGCAGCAUAACCGCAAAACAUCGGAAUACUAAAAAAUCUGUUUAAUAAAGUCAAAAUUUAAUAAUAAAUCCUCGAAAUGGCCCACAUACCAACUGGGCUAGUUUCGCACUCUCGAAGAGUAUGUAAUUUUUACAAACGAGUUCUGCGUCAUAUAGAAAGUACAGUUUAUUGUUUGGAUGAGGUCAGGUACGAAUCAGUACUCAUGAGAGCCAAGUUCGAUGAAAACAAGAACAUCAAAGACUUAAGAGUUGCAAAAUUAAUACUGUUAAAUGCAGAAAAAGAAUUGGAUGAUCAACGUCACUGGUCAUACAAAAAGUUCCCAGAAUCACCGGGUGGCUGUGCCUACCAGAGAGUAGUUGAACCUCCUGACUGGGUUUUGGAUUAUUGGGAUCCAAUGGAAAAAGCUGCAUACCCAAAAUAUUUUGCCUUAAGAGAGCAGCGAAAGAAAGAAUUUGAAGAAUUCUAUCGACAAGAAUACGGAGAACCCCCAUCUGGUCAUCAACAUUAGUUUUUUUUUAAUUAGCAGCUAUUUAUUAGCUAAAUAUUGUUCAAUAUGUUCAAUGAUACUAAAAGAUAUUAAACAUACAUUAUAAUUGAUA